CAAGGAACGAUUUUUCCCGCUCCGAAUUUUAAUCCUGUUAUGGACGCCCAGUUGCUGGGAGGAGCCCUACAGGGAAUCAGUUGUGAAAAAGAUGUGUUGAUUGAUAUCCUAACGCAGCGUUGCAACGCACAGCGGCUGAUGAUCGCCGAGGCGUACAGGGACAUGUAUGGCCGGGAUCUGAUAACAGAUCUAAAAGAGAAUCUCUCUCAUCACUUCAAAGAAGUCAUGGUUGGCUUGAUGUAUCCACCUGCCUCCUAUGAUGCCCAUGAGCUCUGGCACGCCUUGAAGGGAGUAGACACAGAAGAAAAAUGUCUAAUUGACAUAUUAGCCUCAAGAUCAAACAUGGAGAUCUUCCAGAUGAAAGAAGCCUACUUAAUGCAAUACAAUAAUGAUCUUCAACAAGAUAUUGAUUCUGAGACUUCAGGUCACUUCAGAGAUACACUCAUGAACCUUGCUCAGGGAACAAGGCUGGAAGGAUAUGCAGAUCCUUGUACAGCUACUCAGGAUGCAAUGAUUCUAUGGGAAGCAUGUCAGCAGAAAACAGGCGAACACAAAAACAUGCUGCAAAUGAUUCUCUGCAACAAGAGUUACCAGCAGUUGUGGAUGGUUUUCCAGGAGUUCCAAAACAUCUCUGGGCAAGACAUAGUAGAUGCCAUUAAUGACUGUUAUGAUGGAUACUUUCAAGAAUUACUGGUUGCAAUAGUGCUCUGUGUUCGUGACAAGCCUUCCUACUUUGCGUACAGGCUUUAUAAUGCAAUUCAUGACUUUGGGUUUCACAAUAAAACGGUUAUAAGGAUUCUCAUUGCCAGAAGUGAGAUUGACCUAAUGAAUAUUCGACAGCGAUACAAAGAGAGAUAUGGGAAAUCACUCUUUCAUGACAUUAAACACUUUGCUUCAGGGCAUUAUGAAAGUGCUUUACUUGCUAUCUGUGCUGGUGAUGCUGAAGAUUAUUGAGGACAAAGAAGAUGAACUUUGAAGGCUACGUAAAUGUAUUUUAAAUAGAAAUUGAAGUGAUACACAAUACACUAACUGUAAGAGGUCCCUGUUCUACAUAAAAGAACAGAAAAAUCAAUGCUAUAAAAUUGCUAUUAUUAAAUCUUUUUUGAGAAAGGGAAAAAAUGUUGGCAGGAAUAUGGCUUUAUCCCUAGUUCUGAUUAAUAUUUCUGUUUCUAUGAUUAAUGUAAAUUAAUGAAACACGUAGCAAAACAACUCCAUGGAAGCAUUAUUUUUAUCAUUUAGUCUUGCCACAUCUCAAACACUGGGCAAUAGGUUCUGGAAGAACCUAUUCACUUCCACACUGUAGAGAAAAACUGUUUUGAUUUAUUUACUUUCAGCAGCAUGAUUUCUUCCGCUAAGUAUUUUUUUCUAUCCCACCUCUAAUACAUCAUAUUUUAUGCUCUUGAACAUUAUUUUUGUAGUUACUAUCAAACUAAGCAUCUGCCUCGGUCUAUUAUCAGUCACUCACCAAAGAGUGCUUUUGUAUCCUCUUUCCUUUAGCUCACAUACUUAAUGGCAUUUCCCUUUUUCUGUUUGAAACAAACAAGAAAAUUAGAAUCAAGUCUCCCAAACCAUUCUUGAUUUAGUGCCACACACUGGAAACCCCUGGAAGAGAAAGCAUUGCAUAGCUUUGAGCAACCUGUGCCUUUGUACCUCUGGUCAGCUUCAUAUAAACCGACAUAAGCAAGGGAAAAUGUGCUCGUAUUCAUCAAAAUAACCACCAUUUCUUUUUCUCCUGCAGCUACAAAGUUUCCAACUUGACACAGACACUUUAGAUUUUUUUUUAAUAGGUACAUUCUGCAAGUACAGCUCAGCAUGACUGAAUAAAGUGCUGCUAUAAAAACA